AUGGCAUCACAAAAGUCAAAGUCCUCUGAUCUUUCUGAUCUUCCCAAGCACUUCCACGAAGAUGAAGAUCACUUAUCCCAAGAAUGCAAGGAUCUCAUUGCAAAGUUACCCAGUGAAUUGACCCUGAUCAACAUGCCACUCCAUCAAUACAAUGGUUUCUGGCUCUCCAAAAAGCAUAUUCAAGGAAUCUUAAAUUUUCAGAAUCACUACCAAGCUCAUGAUUCUGACACCCUCCUUGUCACCUUCCCCAAAUCUGGCACCACGUGGCUCAAAGCCCUUACCUUCUCUAUUCUCAAUCGUAAGACCUAUGAUCCAAAUCCAGCCCAAACUCACCAUUCUCAUCAUCCUCUCCUCACUGCUAGCCCUCAUGAUCUUGUACCUUUCAUAGAGUAUUACGAUGAUCUUCAAAAGCCCAUGGCUAUUCGAGACUCGUUCUCAUCGUCACCGAGACUCUUUGCAUGUCAUGUCCCAUAUGUUUUGUUGCCAGAGUCUGUGAAGCAGUCUAGAUGUAAGAUUGUGUACUUAUGUCGAAACCCUAAGGACUUUUUUGUCAAGGAGUGA